AAAUGAUAAGACUAUCAGAUGAAGGCGAGUUAGAGAUUUCGCAUCACUCAACGUUUCGGCGAUUGCUACGCACUUUCUCAGCACCAAGUACCGCGAGGCUGAGACCGGUCUCGCCAUGGACAUGGACCAUCGACAGCACUCACGAUACGCAACUCGCAUCGAGGAAGAUCGACCUCGCAGAACAAGACACUCAAAAAAAAAGACCGAAGAGCUGGCUUCAGAUGACUACCGCUACUCAAGGUACAUCGAGACCGAUCAAGUCCAACCCAAACGCAGACGCUGGGCCGCAGGGUACAUAGAUCGACCCUCUUGUGCUUCUCACGCGUACAUAUGCACUCGACAUCGGUCACCAGAUCUGGAUUAUCCCUCGGAUAUGGAAUACAUCACUCAGCCCAAAAACAUGGAUGACGGCUGCAUCGAAGCACACGAGCAGCGCAACAUGUAUACCCCUGAGCACACCACCGAAAUGUCCAAGGUUCAAACUUCGAGAUAUCGCAGUCCACCCCGGCACGUGAACUCGCAAGACGAUCAUAGGCAUACCGAAAGGCGCGAGUCUUACUACGCGUCUGACAUCGAGGACUUGGACCAUAAGCGUCCUCGUAAGCAAGCUACGACAACCAAAGCAUUUGACUCUGGCACUGAAGAAGGAAGCGAUAUCGUCAUUGUUGAUCGGCGGGAUGCGGGCUCAGACAUUGCAAGCAUUAGCAGCAGACACAGCUCAGAUUCGCGAUCAGGCCGGCACUCCAUCAAAUCGUUCGGCGAUAGGAAGAGGACGAACAGAGACAGUGACAGCGAUGACGAAGGGGGCUACAUCUCGCUCGAUGACUAUAUCACUGGUCGGAGCGACUGCGCCUCGAAACGUUCGUUAACAGAGGACGAAGGAGAGGGUAGUGAUGCAGUAAAUAGCGACGUGGAGGUAGAAAAUAGUGUCAGCUCGGGAAGUGAUGCCGAUCAAGGGAGUGAUAUCGCUGCUUUGUCGGACGAUGAAAGUUUCGAUGACGACGAGGACUGCAUUGACGAUGGGAACUAUCAUCACGCUCUGAAAAGACAGUGACGCAUGCGAAGGAGACAUAUGUGUGGGUGUUGGCUGUUUUGCAGGCAUGCCCCACGGUGAAGAACCCGGGUCAAGCGACAGGUGUAAAGACGGUUCAAGAUUCUGCAGCCUGCUUCAACAAUAAAACAAUACUCAAAUACUCAACCUGUCGGUAUUGGCAAUCCAAUACACUUUCCAACCAUGUCGCACAGACAGC